AUGCCGCCGCCCGUUGCGCUGAUGCGCGCGCGGUGCAGGGCAUGCUCGGACGUCAUCGUGGGCCCGUCGGUGGUGUGCGACAUCUGCCUCACCGACGUCCACAGCCAUUGCAUGCAGCCUUGGCAUGGGCAUGCAGUCUGCUUUGCCUGCUUCACCGACCGCGACAUCGCGCACGAUCGUCGGCAGGCAGCCUGGUCGAGCGGUCUCGCAGGACAGCUUGGCCGCACCGUGGCGUCUGGCGCACAGAUGGCUAGCCACGCAGUGGGGGCGACUAUCAGCACCGCCGCGACUGGAGUGCAGCGCCUUGCCAUCGGCGCUGCGCUCCCCGACCAGCUGCUGGCAGCAGCUGUUGAAAGCACUGGCAGGGCGGACGCGCCCGACAUGAGCCAGGACCAGCAGCGACCGCCAGCCGUUGCUAUGGACUUGCAUCUGGCGGAGCUGCGAGAGCUGCGCAUGGAGGUGCAGCGCCUCAGCCGCAGGAACGAGCAGCUGGAGGCAGAGCGGCGAGCGGCGGAGCAGAGGCCAGUGGACAGCCCUCUGCUGGUGGGCGAGUGGCGCCAGAGGGCUACGAGCAGCGAGUACGGCGAGGCCGAGGAGGUGGCUCCGCCCGUCGCCGGUCUCGGGGAGCCCACGCCAGACGCCGACCAGGUCGUUGCAGCGUCGGCCGCGGACCAAGCAGCAGUCGCACCUGGCGGAGUUCAGGUGCCUGGCUUUGAGGCGGCAGCCGGCGCUUGCGGCAUGCCUCAGCCGCCGUUGCAGCCCGGUGGGCUGCCGCCCGGGCUGCCUCCGACCGGGGCCGACGAGCAGCACCGAGGAGCCGCGUUUUGCUUGGAGGCGGUGUUGGCGAAACUGAAGGACGGCGACGUGCCGAAGCUGGCGUUCGCCGCCGGCGUGAACAAGGCGCACGCCUUCGAGGAGUGGGUGCAGCGAGCUGCCAUGAGGAUCGGGGGGUGGCAUCCCCUCGUCGACUUGUUCUGGCAGCGGUCCGAACGCGCGGCGAGGGAGGCGUAUGAGUACUACCUCAGCCGCGGCCCACUCGAGCGCCCGCUCGUGAAGCCGAACACCGAGUGGCUCGGAGCCGAUCGCCAGAGCCUUAGCAUUGAGCUGCGGUUGCGCCCGCUGCUGUUGGACGCGGUCCCCGAGCAGGUGCAGAGAGGCGCGCUGGCCACCCGACAGACUUCGGUGACCGAGCGCCUCUUCAGCAUCAUGGUGGAGGCCGGGCCCGGCACCCUUCGCGACCGGAAGCUGGUGUUGAGGGAGGUGGAGCGGCGUGACAACAAGGCCGCUGCCCUGGCGUUUUGCUACCAGGAGCUGAACUCGUGGAAGUUCUCGCUCACUCGGUUGCAGCGUCUGGGAAUGGCCGCUCGGGACCCUGUCACGCAGCUGGCGACGUUGCGGGGCAUCGUGAAGGGCAUGGCCGAGGCCGACGCGAACUUCCAGUACAGGAUGUUCGCGUGGGAGAUGCAGCACGGCAUUUCGGGCGCCAGCCACUGUUCGCAGCAGCAGGUGGACGAGUUCUGGCGGCACCUCGCCGCCGAGGCUCGCGAGCUCUGCGACGCGCCCCAGGGGAAGGGCGUGAAGGCAUUGGCGGCCGCGUGGGAGGCGAAGGACGCCAAAGGCGGGGGCAAGCAGGGCAGGCCCGACGCUAAGGGCGGCAAGCCCGACGCCCGCGCCGAGGCGAAGGUGAGAGCGAAGGCGAAACCUGCUGACAAGGCAGCGACAGGAGGUAAGGAGGCGUGCUGGUUCUUCGACAGCAAAGCUGGCUGCAAGUUCGGCGUGACUUGCACUCGCCACCACAGGAAGCUCGAGGUGAGCGAGGGUAGGUGCUUCAACUGCGGGGCCGAGGACCAUGACAAGGCAGUGUGCCAACGGCCGAAGCCUCCUGCAGCCGCCGCCGCAGGAGGUGCGUCAGCAGCGUCGGCAAUCGCAGUUGCGCCCGCGACUGCGCCGACCGCCGAGGCGAUGCAGCAGGUGGUCAGGGACGCUGUGGCUGCGAGCCUCUACCCGAUUUCAGCCGCUGCCGCUGCUGCUGGCCCUCCCUGGCAGGAUGGCUGGGGCCAGCCAGUGGGAGCCUCGGGGUCGAACGGCACCCCGCCCAACCUGCAGCACCUAUGGCCAAACCAGCAUCCGCCCGUGCCGUGCCAGCGCAUCGACCUCGCGCGCGCUACCGGCCAGCAGGCCGGCGUGCUGAUGGGGACGGACGAGGUGGCGCAUGUCCAUUCCCCAACGGAGUUGCAGGCCCUGUUCCCGAUCGGCGCCUACGUCGCCGAACUCGGCCUCGAUCUUCGGCGGGGUCGGGAUCGAGCCCGCGUGAUGCUGCCGGGCCAGGGCGCGAUCGAGCUGGAGCUCGAGGGCACCGCGGCGUACAUCUACGAGGACGACGCCCAGCGCCUCCGCACGAUGAGGCAGCAGCUGCGCGCGCGAGCCGGCGCUAAGAUGUUGGCGGCGCACUUCGACGUCGUCGUGGCCGCCGCGCAGCGCCUCAGCUUGGAGGAGCACAAGAGGCGUGGACAUCCGUCCUUCCGCCCCGACUGCUACGAAUGCCGCCUGGCGGCAGGGCGUGUGAGGGCGCACUGGAGGCUGGAUGCGCGGACUCGGCUGGGAGACCAGCUGUCCGCGGACAUAUCUGGCCCCCACCCUGCAGGGCUCUGGCCAGGCGAGAGACCCGGAGAGCAGUUGGAGCAGGCUGCCGCUGCGGCGGCUGAGCAGCCGCUGGCUGCAGACGACGCCUUGGCAGUGGUCACGCGGGCUUCAGCGCUGCCAGCGGUGGCGGCAGUGCCGGCAGACGGACUCGUCGAGAAGGAGGGAGUGCAGACGUGGUACUACGUCAUUCCCCUCGCCGGCAAGCACACGGUGGAGGUGCUGGCCGCCUUGCGCUUGAUGAUCGCGCAGGUGGAGCUUGAGUUCCAGGCGCGCGUGGUCUACCGUGUCCACGCUGACCAGGCGCGGGAGCUCUCGGGCCCGAAGGUGAGCGCAGCGCUUGCCACCCAGGGGAUCGUAGUCACAUCGACCCCAGGGCACGAGGCCGAUAACAACCCGCGCGCCGAGAGGGGCAUCGGCAUAAUCAAGCAGAGGGCCAGAGCCAUGCUGGCAGUGGGCGCGGCAGACCGCGAGCAGCUGUGGCCGGCAGCGGUCGUCCACGCAGCAGCUCUCCAACGGCGCGCGGCUCAGGGAAAGCCCAUUGGGUGUCCGAUUUGCGGGCAGCCCAUCACCUGCAGGAUCAAGCAGGUGCCGCAGUUUGCGUUCGCGCCUCGGGCCGUGCCGCGGCAAAUUUUCGGCAUCUGCGACUUCGUGUCCGGAGCGUCCCUGGUUGGCCACAAGGUCGCCCAGAACGGCGUCGAGAGGUGGGAGUUUGAGACCUCGUCAAGCUUCGUCGUCGACGCCGUGCCUGCUGCCGCUGCCGCCGCCGCCGGUUCGGAUUCGGACGGCACGCCCGAUUUCGUUGAGAUCAUCAAGGACAGCGGCAUGCAGCCAGUGUCAAUGACCGAGCUGCGGAAUGCUAUCGGCACCGAGCGUGAGGAAUGGAAGCAGGCCAUGGAGGUCGAGCUCGCUUCUUUCUCAGAGAAGCAAGUUUUCGAAGCCCUCACCGAGGGGGAGAAGCCGCAGGUGCGCGCCAAGGACGCGCUCCCUAUGAAGGGGGUCGCUGGCAUCAAGGCGCCGGCGGCGUCGGAUCCAGCACAGCGCCGGCGCAAGAAAUUCCGCGGGGUGGUCUGCGGGAACUUCCAGAAGCAAAUGCCGGGUGAGGUCGUCUUCACGAGCAACGUCGAGAUCCUCAGCGUCAAAGCCGCACUCGCGAUCGCGAGCUCGUGCGGCUGGGCUCUCAAGGCGCUGGACGUGUCAACGGCUUUCCUGAAUGCCCCCCUCCCCGAGGAGGCCGGAGAGGUCUUGGUGCGCCCGCCAGGGAUCCUGUCUUCGCACGGGCUCGUCGGGCGCGACGAGAUCUGGAGGGCCAAGAAGGGCAUCUACGGCCUCCGCAUCGCCCCCAGAGUCUGGGGCCUGAAGCGGGACAGGCAGAUGCGGGCUAUGAGGUUCGAGGUCAAUGGCACGAGGUGCCGAUUGAUUCAGUCGCGCUGCGACGCCCCUGUCUGGAGCGCAGUGGAGGACGUGCCGACGAAGACCGAGAGCGAACAGAAAUCGCUUGGCUUGGUGCUGGUUUACGUCGACGACUUCUUGAUCUCUGGCUCGCCCGAGACGAUCACAACAGUGGAGGAAGUGAUGAUGGCGACCUGGACGUGCUCGGUCAAAUUUCUCAUUGACCGCGCGCAUCCCGGCACGAUCAGGUACCUCGGGCUAGAGGUGGAAGCGAGGGCCAACAGGGCGUUCGUGGCCCAUCAGGCCGCCUACCUGGAGGAUGUCCUGGCCAGGUGGCAGAUGACGAACGCCAAUGCGUGUGGCACCAUCUCCAUCGAGCCGCUGGGGGAGGAGCUGGGCGCGGAGCCCGAGCUCGGUGACGCGCGCCUCGCCCAGAAGCUGGGCGGCGGGCUGCUGUGGCUGUCGGGGCGCACCCGCCCCGACAUCGCCUUCGCAGCGGUGCGCGGCGACGGGAACGAGAUCGAGCUGCACGUCUUCGCCCACGCCAACUUCGAAGCCGAAUACUCCCAGACCGGCGUCGGGGUGUACCUGGGGGAGUGCCUCAUCGACUGGCGAUCCGUCAAACAGGCGCAGGUGGCGAGAUCUACGGCGGAGGCUGAAAUUACGGCCCUGGCGAUGGGCUUGGUCAUGCUGGAGGGCGCGGAGGCAAGCCUCGCGAGCAUCAUGGUGCAGGUGCCGCUCCCCAGGAUGUGGGGCGACAACGUUGCGUCGCUGUGCUUGGCCCGGGGCCAGGGCAGCUGGAGGACACGCGCCCUCACCAACAGGGCGUCGGCCCUCCGCAGCAGGGUGGAGAGCGAGACCCUCUUGCUCGACCACGUCGGGUCGAACGAGCAGCGGGCAGAUGGUCUCACGAAGGUCUUCUCGGUGCCCGCCAUGGCUUGGAUCAGCGACCACUUCGGCCUCCGGGCUGUGUAA